AUGGCGAAGGCUCUCACUCUCACUGCACUUGCAGCAGCACUCUUAGUGCUGCUUGCAUGUUGCCCUUGUCGGGUGCGAGGUGACGAAUCUCCUGAUGUCACGGCGUCGCUCGUCAGCUUCUUGACCGCGCUGGCCGGGGACGACGGCGGCCAGACGGCGAUCAGGCUGGGGUGGAACGCGUCGAUCAGCCCGUGUGUUCCCGGCAACAAAAUCUCGCUGUGGGGCAAAACUGUCCACUGCUUCGACGCAGGUGGAAACAAUGGCCACAUCAAGAGGAUAGACCUUGAUGUACAGGGCCUGAACGGCACCAUCGAUGCGGCGCUGCUCUGCGCCGCGCCGGCUCUCCGCGUGGUGAACCUUUACAACAACAGCCUGCGCGGCGGCCUCCCCGAGGGCAUCUCGGCCUGCUCGGGACUCACACACCUGAUCGUCAGCGGCAACCAGCUCUCAGGUAACCUGCCGCCUUCCGUCGCCCAGUUGAAGAGCUUACAGGUGAUAGAGGUUUCCAGAAACAACUUCUCUGGCGAACUUCCCGGCGACCUCAGCAAGCAUGGGCUGGUGAGGUUCCUGGCGAACGACAACCAUUUCAGCGGCACGAUCCCGGACUUCAACCUCAGCAACAUUCAAGGCCACAGCUUCGACGUGUCCAACAACAACCUCACCGGAUCAAUCCCCAAGAACGCUACCAGAUUCGGCCAAGAGAGGUUCUGGCCUAACGCCGCUGGCAUAUGCGGCGGGCCCUUAUUCGCUCCUUGCCCGGCGCCGCCGAGCAAGGGCUCCGAGGCCGACGACGGCGACGGGAAGGAGGAUGACAAGGACAAGGACAAGGACAAGAACAGUGCGAUCUGCUUCAAGAAGAAGCGGAGCAAGCUGGGGCUGAAGUCCAAGCCUGGCCGAGGCCGGAGCGUGUACGACAGCAGCAGGCUGACGACGGCCACGACCACGACGUCGGCGACGACCCCGAGCAAGACGCCGGCCUACUCGCUGCCGACGUCGGGCGAGCACAGCGCGGCCGCCGAGGCGGGCGGCGCGCCGGCGGCCUCGCUGGUGGUGCUGCGCCGAUCGGUCACGGCCUCGAUCACGUCCAACGCCGCGGCGGCGGCGGCCAAGGAGCUGCGGUUCGAGGACCUGCUCAAGUCCCCCGCGGAGCUGCUGGGCCGGGGCCGCUUCGGGAGCUCGUACAAGGUCGUCGUGCCGGGCGGCGCGGCGCUGGCGGUGAAGCGCGUGAAGGACGCGGCGGUGGACGAGGAGGAGUUCCGCCGGCGGAUGGAGCGGGUCGGGCUCGCCAAGCACCCGGCCGUGCUUCCUCCGCUGGCGUUCUAUUGCGCCAUGCAGGAGAAGCUGGUGGUGUACGAGUUCCAGAGCAACGGCAGCCUCGCCAAGCUCCUGCACGGCUCCAUAGAGAACAGCCAGGGCCCCCUGGAUUGGCCGGCGCGCCUCCACAUCGCCGCCAAGGUCGCCGACGUCAUGGCGUUCAUGCACACCACGCUGCGCGGCGGCGGCGCGGCCUCCAAUUCCUCGUCAGGUGAGAAGGCCGCAGCCGACGGCCCCAUCGCGCACGGCAACCUCAAGGCCUCCAACGUCCUCUUCACGGCCGGCAUGGACCCGUGCAUCAGCGAGUACGGCAUCACCGCGCCGCCCUCGGCCGGGAGAGACAGCGCCGCGGCGUUCCGCGCCGACGUGUACGCGUUCGGCGUGCUGCUGCUGGAGCUGCUGACGGGGAAGGCGACGUCCGCGCAGGGCGACGGCGCGGAGCUGGCGCGGUGGGUGACCUCGGUGAUCCGGGAGGAGUGGACCGCCGAGGUGUUCGACCGCGCGCUGCUCGCCGGCAGCGGCGCCGGGUCCACCGAGCAGCGCAUGGUGCGGCUGCUGCAGGUCGCGAUGCGGUGCGUCGACGCCUCCCCCGGCUCUGCCCAGCCGCCGACCAUGCGGGAGGUCGCCAGCAUGAUCAAUUCCAUCCGCGACGAGGACGACAGGUCCUUCUCCUUGGAGGCCUGA